CUCUAUAGACAGUUGCCUCAGCAGUAGAUUUCAGAAAGGAUUGGAGGAAAAUCAAGAGGGGGAGAGAAUGUGACAAGUGCCGGUCUGGCUUCUGCCUUGGGGAGGCCUCCCGCACCUGUCCCUGCCUGUCUCUUGGACAGCGCUGUUGUUGAAUCAGACAAGCAGAGAAACAUUCUUAUUUGCCAGAACAGAAAGGCGUUUAGAAGCAAGAAUAUGACUUCUUCAUUUAAGCUGGAUUUCCUGCCUGAUAUGAUGGUCGAUAGCCGUUUGCUAGUUUCUGAUAGAAUUAACGGCACCACCAACAAGAUGAAUGGAGCUUUGGAUCAUUCAGAUCAGCCAGACCCAGAUUCCAUUAAGAUGUUUGUUGGUCAAAUCCCACGUUCGUGGUCUGAAAAAGAACUUAAAGACCUUUUUGAGCCUUAUGGAGCCGUCUAUCAAAUCAACGUCCUGCGAGACAGAAGUCAAAACCCACCUCAAAGUAAAGGUUGUUGUUUCGUAACGUUUUAUACAAGAAAAGCUGCAUUGGAAGCACAGAACGCAUUGCACAAUAUUAAAACUUUACCUGGGAUGCAUCAUCCUAUUCAGAUGAAACCUGCAGACAGUGAAAAGUCAAAUGCCGUGGAAGACAGAAAAUUGUUCAUAGGAAUGGUUUCAAAGAAGUGUAACGAGAACGAUAUCAGGGUGAUGUUCUCUCCAUACGGGCAGAUAGAAGAGUGCCGAAUCCUACGGGGACCAGAUGGAUUGAGUAGAGUGCCCGGCAGCAAUAUGGAAACUAGCAGAGGCUGUGCGUUUGUUACAUUUUCUACAAGGGCAAUGGCACAGAAUGCAAUCAAAGCCAUGCAUCAGUCUCAGACCAUGGAGGGCUGCUCUUCACCAAUAGUGGUGAAGUUUGCCGAUACUCAGAAGGACAAAGAGCAGAGACGUCUUCAGCAGCAGCUAGCACAGCAAAUGCAACAGCUCAAUACUGCCACCUGGGGGAACCUCACAGGACUUGGAGGUCUAACGCCACAGUAUUUGGCACUUCUGCAGCAAGCCACCUCGUCAAGUAACUUGGGCGCAUUUAGUGGCAUUCAGCAAAUGGCUGGCAUGAAUGCUUUGCAAUUACAGAAUUUGGCUACUUUAGCAGCUGCAGCUGCCGCAGCACAAACCUCAGCUACCGCCACCAAUGCAAAUCCUCUCUCCACAACGACUAGCGCACUGGGAGCGUUAACAAGCCCGGUGACUGGAUCAGCUGCUAAUUCGUCGGCUGGAGCAAUGAAUUCCUUGACCUCUCUGGGCACUCUGCAGGGACUGGCAGGAGCCACAGUUGGAUUAAAUAAUAUAAAUGCACUAGCAGGUACCGUAAACAUUGCUCAAAUGCUCUCAGGUAUGGCGGCCCUAAAUGGAGGACUUGGUGCGACAGGCUUGACAAAUGGUACAGCUGGCACAAUGGAUGCGCUAACCCAGGCCUACUCAGGAAUUCAGCAGUAUGCCGCAGCGGCACUGCCAACACUGUACAGUCAGAGUUUGCUACAACAGCAAAGUGCUGCAGGCAGCCAGAAAGAAGGCCUCCUUUUUUCUUCCUCUCAAGGCCCUGAAGGAGCAAAUCUCUUUAUUUACCACCUUCCCCAAGAGUUUGGAGACCAGGACAUCCUGCAGAUGUUUAUGCCUUUUGGAAAUGUUAUCUCUGCAAAAGUCUUCAUUGACAAACAGACCAAUUUGAGCAAGUGCUUUGGCUUCGUAAGCUAUGACAAUCCUGUUUCUGCACAAGCUGCUAUACAAGCUAUGAACGGUUUUCAGAUCGGCAUGAAACGCUUGAAAGUUCAGCUGAAACGCUCCAAAAAUGACAGCAAACCUUACUGAUAUAAACCCCAGAAGCUUUCUGCUCUUAUUUUAGCUUUCUUAGGAACAUCUUCAUGCCUGUUAGUUCACCGUUUGCCUAGCAUGUCCCUGUGGCGUCUAAAAAAAAAAAAAAAGUUUCAUCGUCCAGUCAUUGUUUCUGAUGUCUUUCUGACCUCACAUCAUAUUCGGUCCUUCAACUGACUUAGUUUGACCUAUGAAAUUUGCAUGUGUUCUCAUCUAGCUAUGAACUCUGGGGGAAAAGUCAAUGUGAAACGCGUUGUAGCAUUCACACAAGAUUGACAUUAACUAUUAGACAAAUUAAAUUAUAGAGUUUAAAAAAAAGACAAAAACCUGUGGCAAAAAAGUUGUUUUUUUCUUUUUCUUAUCAUAACAUAAAUAGACUUGAAAGUAUUAUACAGGGGUUAGCAUUCUGUCUGGCCACUAUUACCUUAAGCAAUAUGUGUCCAAGGAUGCAGAAUGUUGGUUUCUAAACGAAGCAGACAACUUCCAAAACAGUUUGAGAAAAACUGUCUGAUUUUAAGUCUCUAGAGCUCUGUAAUAGUUUUUACAUUUUUCAGGCAGUGUAAAGUUUUUUGAUAAGGCCAUUUUAGGUGGCUCAUUUUCUCAUUAAAUUAUAUAUAUAUAAAACCACUUUUUUGUAGAUUAGUAUAAGAAAAAUAUUUACCCUGUUUUGGGGCAAAUGCUACCUAGUUCUGUCACCUUUUGCUGAACUGACUCACAGUUAGACAAUCCAUGGUUUAAUGCACAUGAAAUUACCUAUAUUUUAUACUGUUUAAAUGUACAGAAAAGAAGGUAACUGUAUACUGUGUUAUGUUGGUGCUUCUGUGAAUUUAGUUGUGGCUUCAUAAAGUCUUAAAGUCUUCAGUGUUCUAUGUUUAAGAAGUUAAAAAAAAAAUUGGUUUACUUGAACUAAAAAUAAUUUUUAGAAAUAAUAUGUUUGUUUGCUAUAAUUUCAUGUGAAAAAAAGUUAUUCCUGAAAAAAAAGUUUUGUGUUGGCUUGUAACGCUUUGAUGUUCUUAAUUUUUAUUGUGGGAAACUUAGAUGUGUUUGUGUUCAGCAAAAUGUGACCUGUUUUUUUUUCUUCUAAAGAAAAAAAUAAUAAGUGAAAAUACAGUGCCAAAUUCCAAAGGUACUUCCUGCCUAAAGCUUCAGUGUAUUUUGUGUUCGAAGUAAUUUGAUAACAUGGGUAUUUUAUUAUGUGUUUUGUAUAAAUCCCUUCUAUUUAAAAAAGAGAGAUUACGAAGUUUGUUAAAUUGCUAUCCUGUGGUCCUGUUGCCUGAAAAUGUUAUUGUUUGUUAUUUCUCUUUGAUGUUUUUGGUAAUACAUUGUAUACAGUAAGUGCCCAUGUAUCACUUUUUUUUAACCACUGCACAUCAAAGCUGUGAAAGCAAACUUCACAAUUGUAUUUUAUUCAUGGUCUGUGGAUGUCUCUAAGGUUGGAAAGAUGUUGAACUUUUAUUCCUUUUACGCAUACUGUCCAAAAGUAUCAGGGUCUACAAAGCACAUAUUAACAAGACAUACCAAGAAACGCGUAUACAGUAUUUGUAAUCUAUGUUUGUUUUUUUUAUAUAUUGAUACGAAGUACAUAAAACAGUGAACACCCAUUUAAAAUCUUUUAUUAAAUAAAAAUAAAACUGCCAUAUUAUUUAAUGUUUAUCUAUUUGCAUCAAUUUCUCUAGAGAGCACAUUAUAUACCGUAACUCAGCAAGCCUUGAAUGUGAAAGCAAAACCGCAGAUCAAAAUUAUUUAAUUUUUUUCCAUUUUUAGUAAAAUCUCCUAAAGUCAUUUAUUACUAAUAGCACACAUUUAAAGCAGAUGCGGAUAAAAACAAACUCUUUACAAAACUUGUUUCCUUGAUUCAUUGAAGUUUGAUGGGUCUCUGUGCUUGACAUAUGGGCAACCCUUACUGUACAGUAAAAAAAAGGGUCUCAUAGUACCUACAAGCUACUUUGCAUAUAUAGUAAGAUUUUUUUAAAGAAAGCUUUAUUUUAUAGGAACUGAGGUUUAAAGGGGGAAUUUUUUUUUAUUAAUAUGAAAGUGUAAUGUUAAUGCAUGUUAAAAGAAUAUAUAUUUUUCCAUGACUUAAGUUGACAUGAAACCCAAUUUUUUUCUUUCAUGAUUCAGAAAGAGCGUGCCAUUUUAAACAACUUUCCAAUUUACUUCUAUUAUUUAAUUUGCUUCCUUCUCUUUUUAUACUUUGCUGAAAGGUUUAUUUAGGAAAGCUCAGGCGAAGGUUCUAGCUGCUGAUUGGUGGCUGCAUAUAUAUAUAUAUAUAUACUGAUUGUCAUUGGCUCACCCAUAUGUUCAUUUAUAAACCAGUAGUGCAUUGCUGCUCCUUCAACAAAUGAUACCAAGGGAAUGACGCAAACUUGAUAAUAGAAGUAAAUUGAAAAGUUGUUCAAAAUUGUAUGUUCUACCUAAAUCAUGAAAGAAGAUUUUUGAGUUUCAUGUCCAUUUAAUGUUAAAACUGUCUAAAUAGAUAAUAAAAUUCACGUUGUGCAUGGUUGAUCAGGACAUGAAGGUUGUUUGUAAAUAAAUACAUCAAUACAUUUUAAAAAAUACGUUAAUAAACUUUUUUGCAGCAAAGGAAAAAUAUUUAAUGUCCAUUUAAUAUGGGAAGACACAGGCACUUCUAAAAACUGAAUAUUCUAUUUCAUUAUAAAUCAAUGCUAGAAAUUGAUAGACCAGUUUAAUUUGUAUUUACUUCUAGUUAUGUACAUAUAUUAUUUUUAGAUACAUUUAGCAACAUUGUCUUGUUUUUUUAAACAAUCUCUCUAACAUAGAAAUACUGAGGAAGAUCAAUCAGAUAGGUAACUGGCUUAUUAAAUAUCAGAAGAGCUGUUAGAAACUAGAAAUAAGGCUAAACCACAGCCUUCUGCCUCCCAUUCACCAGUACUGCAAUGUCUAUUUUACAGAAAAAGUAUAUCAAUUUUGUAUUUCUAAAUACAUUGCUGUAAACAAAAUGCAAAGUCAAAAGUCCAUAAAGUUCUCAUAUAUGGAAUAUAUAAAAGUAUUGAGUCGAGAUCUUGUACUGCUAUGCAUUUUUCCCUUCUCUUUAUUCAGAAAUAAAGUUAAAUGCCCUUUAGCGAAUCUCCCAACAUUGUUUUUAACCAGGGGCUGAGUUAAAACUCUGUAGUUAGGGAUUUAAAGAACUUUCAAAAAGUUUUACUUUAUUGAAACCUUUCAGGAAUUUAGCAGCUCUUUUGGAUAUUGCACUUGAAGCUCACAAACCCAGUAACUAUUUAAUGAAUCUUGACAAGGGUUCCUUUUACUUAAUGCUCUUAAAGGUACAUAUAAAUAUGGUUAAUACUAGUCUGUAACAUAAACCCUGCUGAGUACAAUAUCAUUUACAUACCCAUACAGCUGAUAUGUUCACGCUAUAUUCCAGAAUCAUUUGAGGGCUAUUUUUUAUGAGAUAAGAACAAAGAUUAUAUAUAAUUAUAAAUAUAUAUAUAUAUAGAAAAUGCUGGAUUUUCAUAUAAAGAUUUCUUAUAUUGACUGAAAUUUAAAAAUUUGUAGAAACAUUUUUUUCUCAAAUAAAAUAUAGUUUAUGGGCUGAAGCAAACAUAUUUUAAUACUAUUUUAUGAUAAUACAGGAUAUCUUUGAAGGUUUUAUUAAACAAGCGAUUAAGAGUGCAAAAUCACGUUAUGCCCCUAUAUGGGUCAAAGCAGGGUAUUUCAUAUCUCUAUAUUACAAUACAAAUGUAGACUGCAUCAAAAAAGCAGUCAAUGCACAUUUAUCCGAGUCCAAACCAGCAGCUGUUAAAGACAUUCAGUACCACCAUUGAUGGGUUGCUCUGCAAUGUACUUCUCAUUUAAGUUUUUUUUCCCAGUGUUUAUGCAGUCAAAAACGCAUUUCGCACUGAAAAGGCAGUGCUUAAAGGACUAAUAUGUUCAACUUUCUUUUACCAUAGAGAUUAUUGCUUUUUUUGGCUUGUACAACUCUGAAGUCAUUUUAAAUGUUUUGUUUUUUAAUAUUUCAAGUGCUAAAUAAGAAAAAAAAAAUCUGUAGUUUCAUGACAUUUUUGAACUACGUCAUACAAAAGAAAUGUAUUUGUGUUUAUUUUUUGUGCUGUGAGAAUUGUCGUUUGUAGAUUAAAAUAAUAACUCAUUUUGUUUUCAAUUAAAAAUAUAGUUUUUUUGAGUAUUGUCUGAGAAAAGCCAAAGUUAAUGCAUUUUGUUUGUUUUUUUAGUGAAAACUGUAAAAUCAUUUUAGUAAUGUUUCUGUUCUUAUAAUGCAUAUUUUUUUGGUUCUGUUAUGUGAUGGAAUUCAAGCAAAAAAAAAAAAAAAAAAACGAAGAAAAAAAACAACAAAAGAAAAAAAACAAAAACACAAAGGCUUUCCUAUUUCUACAAACUGAUUGUACUUACGAAUUUUGUACCAGUGAAACAUUUUAUACUGGAGAUUAAAAAACAAAAAAGGAAAAAUUGUGACUUCAUCUUACGAGCCCCAUAAAGAGUGGUGUUGUUUGAUUUCUGACUGGUGAACGGAACGUUGACUUUGCUUUUAAUAAUUAAAAACUUUGGCUUGCUUCAUUUUCUUUUCCUUUGCUUAUAUUUAGCUUUUAGAUUUAUGUCUAAAACAAAGCGGUAAGUUUAACUUUUUAUUAUGUAUUGUGCAGUUACACAAUAAGGUAGAUUUAGAAAUACACAGUCACUUUAAAUGGAUAAAUGUAUUAGUAACAAAAAAAAUAAUCAAAUUAAGGGUUUGCUUUUUUGCUGUUUAGAUCAAAGUUUAUUCUAAAUCUUCUGUCUUCAUUGUGAACAUAACUGUGUAGUUAAAGCAGUCAAACUUAUUUUUGUAAUGUAUGUUAUCGUGUGAUGCCGUUUUUGCUUCUGUCUCCAAUAUUAAACCAUUUUCCUAAUA